AUGCGAACUCAAUGGGAAAAAAUCAACGAUGUGCGCCAAAUGUGCGCGUUGGAUAUUGAGCGCCAUAUGCGCACAUCGCCCACUCAAUUCCACUCUCAGCAGCCAAUGCGCUACAUAGUUCAACCGUCACAGGUGAAGCCGGUGAAGAGCGAUUACAUCUUCAAUGGCCUUCAUUGUCCUCUUCGAAAGGGGAUCCGAUGUAUUAUCGCCCAAGGGAUACAAUCUUUGAACAUGACUUACUUAUUCCAGAAAGCACAUGUACAAGGCAGUGUACUAAUCAUCGCAGAAGAUCUGUCGUCUGAGUUUGUGCUCAUUUCCAUCAACUUGAAAGGCAAGCGCAUCCUAUUAUUUCAAAUUGGGAGGUCCAUGAUAGACAGGGAGGACAAUCGUCCCAACCCGCGCUUAUAUGGCAAAGCACCGCUCUUUCCGUAUUCUCACCAGCCGUCAAUGGACGAGCCGCCUUCACCAAUCGCACCAUUCUUUCCGUAUUCUUACCCGCGCUCAACGGAUGAAAUUCCUUCACCAGUGGAUCAACCGCCUUCACCAAUGGAUGAACCGCCUUCACCAACGGAUGAACCGCCUUCACCAUUGUUGAAGUCAAGAAUUCCCAAAAAGACCACCAUCGUUGACUCCAACUUGAACUUAUUCACAGGCUACGAACCUCCUCAACUUAAAGGCCUUCAUUGUCCUCUUCGAAAGGGAAUCAUUUAUUAUAUCUGGGACGAUGCGAUAUUGGAGCACAACAUCCAUUCCUCCGGAAAACAUGAGCCACGAAUCAUUGUCCCGAAACAUCCAUCGCGGGAUUUAGUAGACAUUUUCUUCAUCCCCAUCAAAGGCAAUCGGAUCCUACUAUUUGCAAAGUACUUCGGAAAGAAAACUUUCAGGUUCCCCUAUCUACACCUAUCAAUCCAUGAAAUCCGCUCUGAUCACCGCGUUGGUCCUGCUUUGUGGUCUUUCAACGGUAGCGUUGAUGAUCACUUCGAUACUAAUGAUUUAGAGGUGAUAAAAUCCACUGAAAAUGCGUUGGGAAUUACUUUUGGGGUGCCGUUUGACAACCAUUGGAAGCUGUUCGACAUCUCUACUACUACUGACAUUGACGCCCCGGAUAAAUUUCCUCUAAUUGAGUCCGGGAGAAUAGAUUUUGAUUUGAAGCUCAAGUCGAAGUGGGAGAAUAGUCCCGUCAUGUUAUCCCCUGACAGGCACAUUCUCCUAAAUGUGGAUUUUGAGGGAGGACGACACAACGAAACGGUUGACAUUCACUAUUCAAAUUCUGGCAGUCCAAAGAACAUGAACUUUUCCUUCGUCUCCCGCAUGUCGAUCCCAGUCCCCAGAGUCUCAAAAAGAUCUCCUAUUCUCCAGGCACCAGUACUUGCAUUUUCUGCCGAUGGGCUCAAGUUUGCUAUGGCCAUGAAUUUCGGAAGAGUGUCUGUGUGGGACACCCGAAGCAAAGUUCCUUUAAAGACAAUCAUGAAUGUCCCACAUUCUGACUAUCGUCGCCUGGAUGUAGAAUAUCUCCAAUUCAGUAGUGGAAAUUCAGGAAAAGAAGCUCUGGUAUUUGUAGAGCGCGAUAAUUUCUCCCCUUUUGCAAUCAUUCAUGUGAUCGAUGCAACAUCGUUUGAGAUGGAAGAAAUUCUUCCGUUGAAAUUAAAAUGGCUCGAAGAACGUGGAAGGUACAUACGUAUGGGUGCGCUUUUCUUCGAUCCAAGCGGGGGGACUCUGUACGCUGAACAUGGCGGAACACUCUAUGAGUGGGACCUACGGAGAAAUGAGCCUGGUCCGGAAUGGUGGAUUGGGGAGUAUUUAUUAUUAUAA